AUGACGACCUCAGCGCCCGCGGGAGGGGGGCCACACUCAGCGCCCCCACCCCGCCCGGCGCGCUUGGAGAGAGACGUUUUCUUUGUCUCUUUGUCAGCUCUUGGGGGGCCCCGAACCCCCAGGCCGCCACUGCAGCGGGGGGGAUCCGGACCGGCCGGCCUGCUCUCCCCUCCACCGCGACCCUCUCCCCCUCACCGGGCCCCGGACUCGUUCUGUUCUGGGCCGGGCAGGAGGCUGGAGCGGACUGGGGUGCCCGAGGUGCGGCGGCUGGACCGCGGAGUGGGGCGGAGGGGCCUCCCGGUGCCGGGACCACCACACCAGUCCCGGGUCGCCCUCGACUUUAGCUCUCAGGGCCCCGCCCCCCAACACCACCCCCUACCCCCGGCCCACGGGCCCCCUGCCUGCCCCAUCCCCCCCACCUGGGCCCCCAUCCAGCUCCCCAGCGGCGCAGCCGCGAGCCCCCGUUCUUGUGGCUCCUACGGCUCCCCCCCGGACAAAAUCUCCACCCGCUGCGGUGCCGACAGAACCCCCAUUAUAGCUUCACAUAGUCAACAAUCAGGCCCCCUCCCCCCGGCUGCGGUGCCGUUAGACACCCCCAUCAUGGAGCCUCAUCGGCGCCCCAGGCCGAAAUCCAGCCCCUUCCGAGCGAUGCCACCGGACCCCCGUGAUACCGCUCCCUACAGAGACCCCCCUAGAAUCCAGUCCCUCUCCCCAGUUGCGUUGCUGGUGGAGCCCCCCGUUACAGCGCUCCCCGAACCCCCUCCCCGGCCCCAAAUCCGUCCCCCUCCCAGUGGCCAGGCCCUCGGGCACCCCCGUGGUCGCGCCUGCCCCGGCCCCCCCAGCCGACCAUUCAGCCCCCCCGCGGCGUGCCGACAGACACCCCCAUUCCUGCGCCCCCCGCCCCCUCUCCCAGACGCCCCGGGGCGCUUACCUCGGAGCCGCGGCCGCCGCGAGUGCGCGGGCGGGAGGCGCGAGGGCGGGAGGGCGCGGGUGGGGGGUCCGUGCGCGCACCUGUCCCGGCCGGGCCGCUCAGCCGGGCAUCCCGGGUGGGGAGGGGGGCUGGGGGCGCGCGAUCUCCCCGCCCCCGGGCCCGCGGCGCGGCGCUGGGGGAGGGGGCUCAGCCCCAGCCCCGGGCGCGCUGGCGUCGGCUCCGGGGGGGGCGCUGCGCGGCGGCCGGACCGGGGGCGCGCCGCGGCCGCAUGUCCUCCGCCCGCCGCGGCCGCCGCUGCGACUCGCGGCUCCGCCACCUCCGCCCCCCCCUCCCCCAGUCGCUGCCCCCCCCACCCCCCACCGAAGCCGGGCUGGAGCCGCGGAAAACCCGGCCCGGAGUUUGGGCGUCGCGGAGCGGAGGGCGGAGCAGGGUGGUGGGCUUCACUGGGCCGCCCCAACUUCCGAUGGAACUCCGUGGUCCGGAUGGCCCCUCCGAUAGGAGCAUCUCUCCAGGUGGAUGUGACCGAGGAUGUCUCCCCCACUGGUCGGGGUGGCAUACUGUUCCCCUCCACAUCUCCAGUAUACACGCUGCGCUCCCGUCCUGCUCCGGCCGGGCCGAUUCCAGUGCGGGUUUUGCGGGCGCCCGCGGCCACCGACACCUUCGUCCCAGCGCGGCCCGGGCUGCGGCCCCGGGUCCGAGGGGGAGACCCCGAGGGGGAUCAGGAGGCCUCGGAGCCCCGGGGAUGGGGUGAGGCGGGGCUCUGCCCUUACAGCCUGGCGCCUCCCAUCGGCGCCCCCUGCCUCGCCGCCCCGCUGUGUGACUCCCGCCGGUCCCUGUCCCUCUCUGGGCCCGGCUGGGGCCAAGCCGGUGGGCAGCCGCUCGGAAGGGGUCGCCUGGGUCCCGCCCCCUCCCCCGGCAGCCCCUGGCCUCGGUUUCCCCGGCCAGAACGGCAGCUGCUCAGGCGGCAGAUGCGACAGCUAAAUCCGCCCAGCUGGUCCCUCCGCGGAGCUAACCGCCUAGAGCCUCUGGGUGGGGGGGAUGGUGCUGAACCCCCACACCUGUUCCAGCAGGAGCCCGCUGCGGGCGAGGGGGAGGCCUCCCCUUCUGGAGCUGCUGUGGGGGAGGGGCUAAGCCCCCUCCCUUCCCUGGAGGCCUCCUGCCCCCUCUCCUUUCCGUCUGAUCCCCCUUCUCUAAGUACCCCCCUCUUGGAACCCCCUUUCCCUGCACACCAAACCCUGAGCCGCCUCGUUCCCAGGCCCCCCAAGGCCCCGAGCCCCGCCUGUCCCCCUCCUCCUCCCGCCUGCUCAUUGUCCUGGAUCUGCGUCCCAGCGGCUGGGCGGGCAGGGGUCUGCAUGCAGGGCCGGGAGCUGCCUGCUACCCACCCGUCUCUGGGCAACGCUGGCAAAUAUGGAGCACUGGACACAGAGACAGCGCUGUUCCCUGGGAGGGGACAGAGGGCACAAGACUGUGUAGACCACCCAGAGCUCCCUGACAGUGGGGGAUUCUCUAACUGUGCCUGUCAGGAAAAUCCCCAGAGACUGCAGAUCAAAGCCCCCACUGCCCCACCUUGA